UAUUGUCUAGGCUUAAUUUGUUUUUUAGUGUUGCCUCCUCCUUCCCUUUUCUUGGAUUUCCUCCCCAUCUUCCUCUCUCCUCUCUCCUCUCUCCUCUCUUCUCCAUUAAUGGCGGACCACUUAUUUCCUCUCCCUUACUCUUGAUUUCUGCUAUUGUCACUUCCUCUCAUUCUCCGAUCGACUAUUGAUUUCCUCUUUGAGACAGAAUUUUGAAUGUGUACAACAUAGUGCUGAACCCAUAUGUUGGAAAGGUUGUAGUUGGAAAUUUAAAGAUGGAGCAGUAUGAUGUCUUGGAGCAAAUCGGAAAGGGUUCUUUUGGUUCAGCUCUUCUUGUGCGGCAUAAGCAUGAAAAGAAGAAGUAUGUGCUGAAAAAAAUCCGGCUAGCUCGCCAAACAGAAAGGACCAAAAGAUCUGCUCACCAGGAGAUGGAGCUCAUUCGUAAGAUACGACAUCCAUUUAUUGUCGAGUACAAAGAUUCAUGGGUUGAGAAGGGUUGCUAUGUAUGCAUAAUCAUCGGGUACUGUGAAGCAGGUGACAUGGCAGGAGCUGUAAAGCGCGCAAAUGGUGUCCAUUUUUCUGAAGAGAAUCUCUGUAAAUGGCUUGUUCAACUGCUAAUGGCUCUUGACUACUUGCAUGGGAACCAUAUUCUUCAUCGUGAUGUAAAGUGUUCAAAUAUAUUCUUGACGAAGGAGAAAGACAUACGACUUGGUGAUUUUGGUCUUGCUAAGAUGCUGACUUCGGAUGAUCUUGCAUCCUCUGUUGUUGGGACUCCCAGCUACAUGUGUCCUGAGCUUCUAGCUGACAUACCUUAUGGCUCAAAAUCAGAUAUUUGGUCAUUGGGUUGCUGUAUAUAUGAAAUGGCUGCCCUCAAACCUGCAUUUAAAGCUUUUGACAUGCAAGCACUCAUCAGCAAAAUUAGCAAGUCAACUGUCGCACCUCUUCCAACCAAAUAUUCUGGGGCCUUUCGAGGUCUUGUUAAAAGCUUGUUGAGGAAGAAUCCAGAACUUCGGCCUAGCGCUGCUGAGUUGCUCAGACAUCCCCAUCUUCAACCAUACGUUGAAAAAAUUCAUCUUCAAACUAGCAAUCCUAGGUGUGAUGGAAUAGCUGACUACUGGGAUGACACUGAUUCUAAUUGUGUCGAUAAAGCAACAGUAGCUGAUGCAGAAGAUGAAAGAACUGUAGAUCCCAGUAUUUCAGAAGCCGAGCUUGAUUCUUUUUACACUGAUGACAGAAUAAAACCUACUUUGUCUGAUCUGGAACGAAGAUUGGCAAAGUUAAAGGCUCUAGAUCCUUUUGCAAGGGCUGCUGCUAUCAAAGAUGCACCAACAAAAGCUUCAGAUGUUGCAAGGAAGCCCAAAUUAACUCGAGCUAAAACAUUUGGUACUCCUAAAAGACGACCGGAACCGUCAAGAUAUCGAGGAUCGCCGCCCCCUUCAAGUACUCCUGUGAAACGAUCUGUCUCUGCAAACCGCACUCGUAGAGCGUCAAUGCCAUUAGCAAAUAGAGGGAGAAAUCAGGAAUUUCCUUGCAGGCCAACAGUGGACAUCCUAAAACGAAUCAAUUCUCCCGAUAUUUCUGUCAACUCACCUCGCAUUGACAAGAUAGCAGAAUUCCCACUAGCGUCCUUUGUGGAGCCAUUCUUUCUAAACCAAAGGAGUUCAAUGGUCUCUAGACAGGGCUCCUCAUCUCCGGUAUAUGCUGACUGUUCCAUCACCAAGGACAAAUUCUCCGUUCAAUUUUGUGAUACAGGAUUUCCCAAGAAAAACCUCGACAUAAUGUGGAAGAGUAUUCGGGAUAACAAAGUACAAGGAAAAGAUAAAAAUGGUAAUUUCUCGGAUCAAAAUGCUACUGCUGGUGCUUCAAGCCAAGAUUCAUCGGAUCUCCGUCAUCGUCGAUUUGAUACAUCCUCAUAUCAACAGAGGGCUGAAGCAUUGGAAGGAUUGCUCGAGUUUAGCGCCAAGUUGCUACAACAAGAGAGGUUUGACGAACUCAAUGUGUUGUUGAAACCAUUUGGACCCGAGAAAGUUUCGCCUAGGGAAACUGCUAUCUGGUUGUCGAAAAGUUUUAAAGAAACUUCUGUCAAGCCGGAAAGCUAGCUUAGCCGUUGUUUGCUACUUUGAUUGGUUUUGUCAACCUUGGUUUCAUCAACAUUGUUGCUGCUGAUGAUAAUUCUUGUUGACAGGUUAUUAAUCCUUUUCAUCUGUUAAUAAUUUUGACACUCCCAGUACCAGCUCCUAGAAUUGACCAAGUAUUUUGUUGAUGAUAGGUGAUCAUUUAUCUAAAUUGUCCUGCCAGAAAUUGACAUUUAACUUGUUCUUUUUCCAGCUUAGUUGCUGUGUAUUACCUUCAUUUGUAACCAUUCUCUUAACAAACUUGAUUAUUCUUUCUUAUAUAUUAUACAAUUCUUUUUUAUUUGUCAUUAUCUGAAUGGUUAAAAUUCAGCACUUUUUGCUGUAAUGUUCAAAUUCAAUAGUACAUAUAGUUUUCUUUUGA